CUUCCGGUCUGGUGCCUGAAACUCCCUAGACCUGUUCGCUUCCGUAAUUGCAGAAUCGAUCCCUUCUCACGGCAUCAGAGUAAAGUGCGAUAAUGAACAAGGACAGCAAUCAAGUGACUAAAAAGAUUUUGGAUCUAACUCUAGAGAUCAUCUACCUGCUGACUGGAGAGGACCAUGUGGUUGAGAAGAAACAUGGUUCAAGUAUACUGGACUGCUGCAGUCCAAGUAGAUCAGAAACAUUCUGCAGGACCCAGAGCCCCAUCAAUGUGCCUCCAGCCCCCUUCAUGAGCCACGAGCAGAAGAUCCUGGAACUGACCAAUCAGAUCAUCCACCUGCUGACUGGAGAGGUUCCUAUAAGAUGUGAGGAUGUCACUAUCUAUUUCUCCAUGGAGGAGUGGGACUAUAUAGAAGGACACAAGGAUCUCAAGGAUGUGAUAAUGGAUAACCACCAGCCUCACAGCUUACUGGCAGAUAAUUGUAUACAUGAUGACUUCCGAACCCUUAAAUGUAUAUUGCCUGAUUUAGAAAACAAAAUCAUUGAUGGAGGGACGUUUCCAAAGUUCAACAAAUCUAGCAAAAGACAUUUGUGUGAAGAAGUAAGUCUCCACAACAUUUUUCCACCCAAAGAAUAUACAGAGACAGACUAUCCAUCUACUCAUAUUAAGGAUGAGCGAGCCUUGUGGGAACUCAUAGACCAUCCACAGACAGGACAUCCAUCUGCUUUUAUUAAGGAUGAGCCAACUUCAUGUAAAGGAGAACAUCUCACAGACAUUUCUACACCCAAAACACAGUCAGAAUAUCCAUCUACUCAUAUUAAGAAAGAACCAGUCUCAUUGGAAGAAGGUUAUCACAAAAAUGGUGACCUUUACAUUUGCCCUGAAACUAUAAAGGGAGAAGACACAUUUACAUAUAUUGCAGAUUGUAUAAAUUCAAAAAAUAGAACGUAUAACAAGUUCCUAACUGAAUCAAGAAACCUCGAUACAAAUCUUAAUUAUACAUCUGGUAACGUUUCCCAGGUCACAUACAAAACAGAGGAAAUAUUUAUCUCUACUGAGAGCUUCAAAAAUAUUUUAAAAAACACACAGGGUAUCACGGAGCCGUCAACUGACACAGAAAAUAAAAACUGUUCUGAAACAGGAAUGGACAUUUUUUCUAAGCCGGAGUUUGUUAUUCAUGAGGCAAAUUGUAGAAGAGAGAAGCCAAUUGUGUGUUGUGAAUGUGGGAAGAAUGUAAGCCAGCUGUCAAGUCUUAAACAGAGGAUUCGAGCAGGAGAAAAACCAUUUAAAUGUACUGAAUGUGGAAAAUGUUUUAACCGAAAGCAGGAUCUUAACAGGCAUCUGAAGUUCCACUCAGGGGAGAAACCAUUUUCAUGUACUUAUUGUGGGAAAUACUUUACCCUAAAACAUGAUCUUAUUUCUCAUCAGAGAAUUCACACCGGUGAGAAACCAUUUAAGUGCAAGGAAUGUGGGAAAUGUUUUAGCCGGACUGCAAAUCUCGCUGCACACAGGAGAAUUCACACAGGAGAAAAGCCCUUCAGUUGCACUGAAUGUGGGAAAUGUUUUACCUUGGCCUCACAGCUUGCUUCACAUAAACUCAUUCACACAGGAGAAAACCCAUUUAAGUGCGCUGACUGUGGGAAAUAUUUCAACUUAAAGUAUGAUCUUUUGAGACAUCAAAGGAUUCACACAGGAGAGAAACCAUUCUCGUGUUCUGAGUGUGGGAAAUGUUUUACCCAAGCUGCACACCUUUCUAGGCAUCGAAAGAUCCAUACAGCAGAAAAAGCUAUUAAAUGAAAUGUUUGUGGGCAUGCUUGGUUAAUUUGUGUUAAUCUAGUAUUCGCUGUAACAACCAUUACUAUAUACAGUGCUACCCAGGGGCAGACUAAGAUCUCUGGGAAAUUGGCCAUGAACUCAAGCUCUGUGAGGCCUACCUGUACCAAUGUGAAUGGGAGUUCAGAGAGCUCCCCAAACAGCCUGUUCACAGUAAAGGGGCCGGUAUGUCCAUCCAUGGAGUCCUAUUGUACUAAAGGGAAAAAGACAGCUGGAACAUCCAAAGGGAAGUCUCCCACAAGGUCCCUAUGCGAAGCAUGUGACAAGAGGGCCCUGGAGGGGAAGCUCCUAUGCUCAGAUUACCCACAGGCCGCAGGAUGUCCCGCAUCAUCCACCCCGGAUUUUAUGCAAAUUAUUCAGAAUGCUGUAUCCCAAGGCAUUAGAGAGGCUGGCAGAGCCCACAAAAGGCCUAGCAAUCCAGAUCCUCCCGACUACUUCCAAUACGACUCUUCGGAUGUAUCUAUGGAGGAGACAUACAGGGAGAGGUCAUCUUCCUCGGAUGAGGAAAGACAGCACGCUCCUGACACUUUGGACCCAACCGAAGUGGAUCACUUAAUUUCCAGGGUCCGCAAGUCUCUGAGCAUGAAGGAACCUUCAAGAGAAGAGCCUUCUACGUCCAGUCACUACUUUUCUGACCUCAGAAGAAAGAGGGUUACCUUCCCGGACGCAGGCCACUGGGAGUCAGCCCCUAAAGUGGAUGCAGCGGUGGUAAGACUGGCCAAGUGCACCACAUUGCCAGUGGAUAAUGCAGGAUCUCCAAGAGACUCCAUGGAUAAGAAGAUGGACUCCAACCUGUCCAGGGCCUAUAUGGCAGCAGGCACAGGCCUCCACCCCGCGGUAGCCCUUACCUCAGUCUCCAGAGCUUUGAAGAUCUGGCUGGAGGGCUUGGAGGAGGAUAUCCAAGAGGUACUCAAGAUUAAACCUCCUAUCAAGCCAUUUGCUCCCCCAUGGGAUCUACCCCUGGUAUUGCAAGCCAUGAAGUCAGCUCCCUUCGAACCCUUGGAGUCCAUCUCUCCUCAUCUUCUUACCAUCAAGACAGUUUUGCUGGUGGCGUUAGCAUCAGGGAGAAGGGUUUCGGAGAUCAGUGCCUUAUCAGUCAAAGAGCCUUUCACAGUGUUUCACAGAGACAGGGUGAUUCUAAGAACCAUCCCCGAAUUUGGCACUAAGGUAACCAUGGCGUUUCAUGUGAAUGAAGACAUAGUGCUUCCAGCCCUGACGCAAGAAGAACAUUCCCCAGAAGGAGAUCUCUUGGCUGGCGUUCUUCGGAUCAGCUAUUCAUCAUCCCGCAUGGGGCUAGGAGAUGUCGCCAAGCUUCUAAAGAUCAUUCAGGCUUACCGUGCCAGUGGGGUUCCAGUACCUAGCGGUCUAAAGGCUCACUCGACCAGGUCCCUUUCCUCCUCUUGGGCAGCCGCAGCGAGAGUCUCUCCAGAACUUAUCUGCAAAGCAGCUACAUGGUCUUCAGCGAACACCUUUAUUCGACAUUAUCAACUAGAUGUCAGAGCGGGUCAAUGGGAAAAGUUUGUGAUAAUGAACAAGGACAGGAAUCGGGAGGCUGAGAAGAUCUUGGAUCUAACACUGGAGAUCAUCUACCUGCUGACUGGAGAGGAUCAUAUGGUUGUGAGAAAGACCGGUGUGAGCAGUCAUCAGAUACCAAAAGCAUUCAGCAGAAUCCAGAGGCUGAGAACAGUGACUCCGCCCAACUGUCCAGUAAAUGGCAGAAUCAAUGACCAAAAGAUCCUGUAUCUCACCAACAAAAUCAUUGAGCUGCUGACUGGAGAGGUUCCUAUAAGAUGUGAGGAUGUCACGGUUUAUUUCUCCAUGGAGGAAUGGGAGUAUAUAGAAGCACACAAACACCUCUACAAUGACGUGAUAAUGGAGAACCACCAGUCACUCUGUUCACUGGAAAAAUGCGUACCUGUUGGAUUUCUCACCUCUGAUUCGUUGCCUGGUUUUGAACCCAACUUUCAGGUUGGUUAUAAAACGUGUGGUGAAGGAAAAUCACUAAAAGUCAACAAACCUAGCAAAAGUCAGUUUUGCAAAGACUUGAAUCUCAGAAGCACAGACAUUUUUACUCACAGAGAAUAUAGAGAGGCAGAAUAUGCAUCUACUCAUAGUAAAGAGGAAUCAGCCUCAUGUGAAGUAGGAAAUCUCACAGACAUUUCUAUACUCCUAGAACAUCCACCGACAGAUUAUUUACAGCUACAUAUUAAAGAAGAACCAGGUGUAUGCCAAGGGAAACCACUCCCAGAUCCUGACCGUUCUAUUCACACUGAACAGAUGGAAAAUACUCUUACUUAUAUUGAAGAUUGUCUAAAUUCAAAAACAAUAACUCCUAACAAGUUCUUAAUCGAAUCUAGGAACAUUGGUAAAAAAAUUAAUUUUAGAUCAGGUAAAUGUCCGAUUACAUACAACACAGAGGAAAUACUGAACUCUACUGAUCGUCUGAAACAUUUUAACAAGAACUCUGAGCUCAUCAAGCGUCAUUCAGCUGAUAAUGAGUUUGUUGUAAAUGAGACAAAUGAGAAACAACAGAAGACUCACACAGGAGAGAAACCAUUCAAAUGUCCUGAAUGUGGAAGAUCCUAUACAUGGGCUUCACAACUUGCGUCACAUAGAAGGAAUCACACAGGAGAAAAACCAUUUAAAUGCACUGAGUGUGGUAAAUGUUAUAUUUGGGCCUCACAACUUGCUUCACAUAAAAGGGUUCACACAGGAGAAAAACCAUUUAAAUGUGUGGAUUGUGGGAAAUGUUUUAACUUAAAGUGUGAUCUUAUAAGGCACCAAAGGAUUCACACAGGAGAAAAACCUUUUGCAUGUUCUGAAUGUGGGAAAUGUUUUAAUCAACACUCUAACCUUAGCCACCAUCAGAAGUUUCAUAAAGGUGAAAAACCAUUUAAAUGUGUGGAUUGUGGGAAAUGUUUUAACUUAAAGUAUGAUCUUAUGAGGCACCAAAGGAUUCACACAGGAGAAAAACCUUUUGCAUGUUCUGAAUGUGGGAAAUGUUUUAAUCAACACUCUAACCUUAGCAACCAUCAGAAGUUUCAUAAAGGCGAAAAACCAUUUAAAUGCACAGAAUGUGGGAAAUGUUUUAAAGUAAAACAAUAUCUUAUCAGACAUCUGAAGUUUCACACAGGGGAGAAACCAUUCUCAUGUCCUGAAUGUGGUAAAUGUUUUACAUUGGCUUCUCAGCUUGCAUCUCAUAAAAAGAUUCACACAGGAGAAAAGCCAUUUAAAUGUACUGAAUGUGGGAAAUAUUUUAAUUUAAAGCAUGAUCUUGUGCGGCAUCAGAAGAUUCAUACAGGAGAAAAGCCAUUUUCAUGUUGUGAAUGUGGGAAAUGUUUUACCCAGGCCGCACAUCUUUCUAGACAUCGGAAGAUUCAUGUAGCAGAAAAACCUGUUUAGAUGCAUGGAAUGUGAUAAAUGUUUUAUCCUCAAUUUCAAAGGAAUCCUACAAGAAAAGGCAAUGUAAAGCGAUACUUCUAGCACCACACCACCAUCUUUUGCUUAGCGUAUGUACAUUGGGCAGAUGGAUGUUGUAGAAGUCAUCACCUCCUCAGUGGUAUUCUAUGAAAUAAUGCCUUUUAUUUUAUAUAUAAAAUCACACCUAUGUGGUGUUACACGUGUUCUAGGUAUUAAUCCUAAUUAUAAUUUUUUUUUAUUUUAAUAUACAAUUUUA